CAGAUUACAAGAUCAGGGCAGAAGUUGAAGAUGCAUUUUCCAUUGCUAUUCAGAACUCAGAAGUUGAUCGUGCAACUUGCACUAGAGUCCUCAGUGCUUCCGCAAUUGUGGACCUGCCGACCGCCUUCUUCUGGCUUACCAUCAUCUGGUCUGUGUGGGUGUAGACAUCUGCUGACGGUGUUCUCUCCUGAUCUGAUCAUCCGGCCGGGCUUCAGUCUUUGGUGGAAACUUUUCUUACCACAGGUGCUGGAUCAGGCCUCAAUUCAUGCCCAAGAAGAACAACUGGCUUCUUUUCAAAAAUCAGGGCAGGAAGAGGGGCGUGUAGGCUUGCAUAAUUGAGCGGGGCACACAAGCGAUCCGAGUACAAAUGCUUCAGAUCUUGGCGUGAAAUAGCAAGAUCAAGUACAUGGUUGCUUUGAGCAGAGCGCUAGGUGUCUUUUGAUACAAAGCGCAACAGGAAAGCUUUUCAAGUGAAGGAGAAAGGUCAAUGAGAGGGCUUUGAGCAGAGAGCUACUUGUCAUCUGGUACAAGCACAGCCUUUUGGACACUGCGCCAUGGCAACUACUGCAAUGCUGUCCGCACGACAGUCAAGUGGCCUGCUGGCAGGAAGCUCGCUGAGGGAAAAUGAAAGGCGUGGAUCACAGCCAAGAAUUCCCUCGAGGUUUGGGCCCAAUUCAACGCACAUCAGGGAUCUCAAGGCACCGGCGCCAACCAUCCCAGGGUUUCAAAAAACUUCUUCCAGAAGGUGCCCAAAGCCGUACAGACACCUGAGGGUGUCUUGUCUACAGCAGUCUGAAAGCAGUGGAUUGAGAUCGCCUUCUUACACGGCUUCUGAGGCCAUUAAAAUCUCUCGGUGCCGAUUCAAGGAGGAACUGUCAAAGAAGGAUGAAGACAUAGACCUUGCAAAGUCUGCUCUCCUGAUAGCUGCUGAGGAUCAGGCGCAAGAGGUCUGGAACUUCUGCAAAAAGCUCUCAGCCGCAAUCAAGGAAGAGCGGGAACCUCCAGUGCUCCCCAGCACGUUCGCAAGUGCAAAACGGGAUGUAAAUAUCGCCAUCGGAAGUGACGGCCCACUGCAGCUUCGAGUUGGAGGCCACACGGUCGACUACUGGCUCGGCUUCUUGUCAGCAAUCGGCAGGGAGGUCGAGACCAGAUUCUUGCACCAAUAUGGGGAGGACGCUGCACGCUCCCCUCUUCGACUGAUCACGCUCGUAAACGACAUCCUGUUCCGGGAGUUCGGCUUCAACGGCAACAUUCGCUCGGGGGACGUUCGCAACUCGUACCUGCAUCUUACGCUCCAAACAGGCAGGGGAACAGCCACGAUGAUGAGCAUCAUUUACAUCGAGGUCCUGAAGCGCGUCGGGCUGAAAAUGGUGGGAGCCCCCAUCUCAAGCGAGUACUUCCUGUGCUGGCCGAUGAUUGAGGGGGUGCAGAUUGCUUUCGACCCCAACCACAGCGGCCACGGCUACCUCCGCAACGACAUCGAGCACAUGUUCAGGAAGAUGCUGCCCUACGGCGCGCGGAUUGCCCCGCCGUCGUGUCUGGCCACACCUUCAGCGCCUGCCUCACCCCGGUCCCUACCGACGUCACCCCGGUCGGGCCCCACGUCACCACGGUCCGGUCCCACGUCACCCCGAGGUUUUAGUACGAACGUCGAAGAAGUGCUGCGCGCGGAGACGGAGGUGGAGAAUGAGGCGGUUGAGGAGGUGGAAGAGAUGUCAAUUCGGCCCGCCUCGAACCGGCAGAUCGUGGCGAGCGUUCUGCGCACUCUGCGGAACAUCUCCCUGGCGCAAGCUGUGCGCGCGCUGCGCGAGUUCGCCCUCCAAGCCCCCCUCGGCCGCGCCUCAAAGCACUUCCAGUACUCCCUGGCCCCCGCCGCCAUGCAGGGGGUGUUAGACAAGGACAAGAUGCGACACGCCAUCAGCCUCUCGGAGCGUCUUUUGCUGGUGACCCCGGAAGACGCGUCGGCCAGACGAGAUCAUGCCCUCAUGCUCUACCAUAACAAGCAAUACGGGCAAGCAAAAUCGGAGCUAGAAGUCUACAUGGGGAUGGACAUUACGGAAGGCGACAGAGAAGCGGCACAGACCCUGAUUGAGAGGGUGUGCCUCAUGGCCCUGGAGGAGAAACUCUGGAGCUGAGAGAGUAUAUCGGACAACUGCUGUUAAGACGGCGGCGUUACUGUAAGAAUGAGGUGGAUGCAUUGUUUGCGCCCAUCGUUGUGAAAGGUGCAUCUUUAUUUGCUACGAGUUGAUUAGAUCCAGCUUGCUGCCCCUUAAUCAAGUGAGAAAGGGCGGCAUACGAAAGGUACACCGACAAAACAAAGUGGAUCCCCAUACUGGGCUGACACACAACUGGAAAGUUCCCAGCCUCUGCGCAAGCUUAGUAGACAGUGCAACAUAAGUUAUUGGUUUGUUUGACGAUAUCUUCUAUAUAAACAUUCAAAAGAUAAGAGCGCUCUCUUGUUAGUACAAGCUUCAAGGCCGACCGCAAGAAGCAGCUGACUAAAUUUCGAUGCCCAGCUGCGGGUGUAGCGCCGAGGUUCGCGAUCUCAACCAGGAAAUAAUCUAGGAAGUUAUUGGCAAC